AUGGGCUUUGAUUAUGAUUUGCUAGUACGAAAUGGGUUGGUGCAUUACUAUGCUGAAGGCAAGUUCCUAAGUCCUACACGCAAGGUUUUUUAUGAAAGUUUUGUUACAGAUGUUGUGACUUGGACCACGAUGAUUGAUCGCACUUGUUCAGAUGAGGCUAUGAAAUUGUUUGGCUCGAUGUUGGUGAGUGAUGUCGAGCCAAAUGAGGUUACUAUGAUUGCAGUGCUUUAUGCUUAUUCCAAUAAGGGAAAUGCUGGUGUGGGGAAGACCAUUCAUGAACAUGUACAAAAGAAGAAUGUGAAUUGUAGCUUAAAUUUGCUUAAUGCUUUGUUGGAUAUGUAUGUGAAAUGGGGUUGCUUAACAACGGCUAAAGAGACUUUUGACAACAUGAAAGUCAGGGAUGUAUUUUCAUGGACUAGUAUGGUUAAUGGUUAUGCUAAAUUAGGGGACUUACUCGCUGCAAGAAAGUUUUUCAAUGACAUGCCUGAAAGAAAUUUUAUUGUGUGUGCGCUCUCUGCUUGUGGUCAGUUGGGUUGCAUGGAUUUGGGUCAGUGGAUUCACCAGCACUAUCUCAAUAGAAGGCGUAUUCAACCCAGUAUGAUUUUGGGGAAUGUGUUGAUGGAUAUGUAUGCCAAGUAUGGGAGAAUAAAUUCGGCUACAGAACUCUUUGGUGAAAUGCCAAAGAGAAAUUUGGUUUCUUGGAAUACCAUGAUUGCCAGAUAUGCAGGCAAUGCUAAGCAAGCUCUCACACUUUUCAAAGAAAUGAAAACUAUGGGAUUGAAGCCUAAUGAUAUCACAUUUGUGGCGGUGUUGUCUGCCUGCAACCAUGGCGGAUUAGUUUCUCAAGACAUAGAGCAUUUCGAAAGCAUGGCUAGAGAUUACGAUGUAGAUCCCAAAAAGGAACAUUAUGUGUGCGUGACAGAAUUGCUCGAAAGAGUUGGGCGGCUAGAGAAGCUUAUCAGCUGA